CCAUAGACAUACUGCCUCUUUUCUCGCUCCCUAGUGAUUCUCUUGUAGUCUCUGACACAUUUUCUCCUCUUUUCUUAACGCCAUUGAAAGUGACAUCCUUUUUAGAACUUCUUUGACUGCCUAAAAAAUCACUCGUGACCCUUGCUCUUCUCUUGGUCUUUUCCAACUCUGUUUCGUAAUUGCUCCAUUUAAAACUUGUAAGGCCUUAGUUUCUUUUGGAUUUCUAUAAUGGAUGGCGGGGAGCUCGAACUCUCUAACCAAGAAAUGUUGUCAAGUUCUAGUUUUGGUGAAAUUCCAGAAUGUAGUUCGAUGAAGGAGCUUUUCAAUGAAAUUUUCACGGACAUGCAUGCUUGUAUUCAUACGCACACUUGCAAUCCAUCUGGUCCUGAUAACCCACAUACACACACUUGUUACCAUGUUCACACCAGGGUUGUUCCUCCCCCAGCCCCAUGUGAGGAUAAUAAGUUCCUUAGUGACGAUACUGCUGCAGAGUCCAACAGAGGAAAGAAACGCCCUUUGAGUAGUAAUAAGGAAGCAGUUCGCAAGUACCGUUUGAAAAAUAAGGCUCGGUUUGCAUCAUUAGAGGAUGAGGUAGUCAGGUUGAGGGCUAUGAAUCAGCAACUGUUGAAGAGGCUGCAGGGUCAAGCUUUCUUGCAAGCUGAGAUUUGCAGGCUCAAGUGCUUGCUCGUGGAUAUCCGAGGAAGGAUUGAUGGUGAAAUUGGAUCAUUUCCAUACCAGAAGCCAAUGGAAAGUGGGCAUUUAUAUCAGAGUCUUGUUAAUCCUAACCUCCGCGGAGCUUAUGUGAUGAACCCUUGCAACCUACAAUGUGAUGAUCAGGUUUAUAAUUGCCUCCAACCGGGUUCGGAAGAGUUAAAGGAUCAAGGCCUCAAUAGUUGUGGAUUUGGACUUAAGGAGAUUCCUGGGUGUGUAUUGGGCUAUGGUACUCCUACUGCCAGCGCUUCUCGUGGGAAUAAGAGAACAGGUCUGGACAAGGAUCAUGCAGUGGUUACAGAAACAGCACCAUCCUUGCAGUAGUUUGGACCAACACCUCAGGAAGCUCAUAUGCUGCUCUAGGGGAAGUCUCAGGCUGCACAUAUUUUUAUACUGGUAUAUGUUUGAGUAUGUCUAUGCUAUUUGGCUGGAGAGAAAUCACAGAAUCUUUGAGAAGACAAGAAGAAGCCGGGAAUCUUUAGCCAGGGAGAAUAGUUUAAAUUUGUAAUGUUAGAGCUACUAAGGGGAUUAUACCACCUAUUCACCAACUCAUGUUUUAGUUUAGUCUCUCUGAACUGCGCUAUAGCUUUGUAAUUGACUCUUUGUUGAUUAAUACAAUUUGUUAGUUACCCAAAAAAAGAAAAA